UACAAGGGAAGCUACGUCAGAGUACUGUAUCUGUACAUGCGUAUACGAAUCAGGAAAAGUUUGUGACCGAGUCUUGUUCUUGUCCAACUUGGAAAUUAAUUAAACAUAUUUUGUUUUCGUUUCAAAAGGGUUCCAAUUGAUAGAGAACUGAGAUGAGAUUUGUUCUAUUUUUCACGUCAUGUCUUUUGACAUUCAAAUGUGCAUCUACAGAGCAAUGCAUUUCCCCUUAUCGUCGAAUAGGCAACGGAUGUUUUAUUAUAAUAAACGAUACUGUUUCUGGUGAUGCUGCUUUCGCAAAAUGUUUACACCGUGGUGACAACCUGGCGACCUUUGACACCCUAGGUGAAGCGAUGUUGAUGAAGUUCGAACUCUUAAAAAUGAAGACAGGUGUACACUAUUAUGUCGGUGGACGUAACAUCAACAGAUAUACGCCUGGGGGUGAUUGGAGAUGGAUUAAGCAUAAUGGAGAUAUGGUCAAAAUGACUUACUUUGCUUUUGAUAACGGGGAACCCAAUGGAUCACUAAAAGCACCACAAGAUUGUAUGUUUUUCUAUGCAGCUAGAAAGUACUCGUUCCAUGCCGUCUGGUGCGACCAUGGUGGCUUGCUUGGCGGUUACAUUUGCCAAAGACAUGUUAAUAUAUAGAUUUUCCAAUACUUUGUAGAACAUUUCAGGCCAAUGUAUGUGUAACUAGCUUAUUAAAAAUCACUUAAACUUGUAAUAUUAAAUAAAAUUAGACAAUAUGGUAAAUAAC